GGUGGGCACAGUCGCAUGUAGGUAGCUGCAUUGUUGACUACAGAUGAGGACUAAUCGGGAGCUCGCAAAAAAAAAAAAAAAAAAAAAAAGGUAAACAAUCAGGAGCACAAAGAAACUCUACAACAUAAACGAAGGAGAAAGAUACGUCAGAAUUAAGAAGAAUUAACAGGAAGACAGACUGCUUGACAUGGAUUGUCCAGAUAUCUGCAAUUCAGUACGCUUCAAGAGUAAACCAUAUCGAUAUUUUGGGCGUUUUUAAUUCAGUUACAAAUGUGUCUCUUAUAUUAUCUUUAAGAUUGUUGAUAAAGUUCAUGUCGACUGGUGAUCUGAAAUGGAUCACUUUUUAAAAAACUUUUUCAACAAAACUGGAAUGUGAUCGCACGUAUUGGAUGUAUAUUGUAUUUAUAAAAAGCGGUCGGCACCGGAGGGAAGGAGCAAAUAACACAGAGCAUCUGGAAAACAUCAUAACAGUAAAGAAUGGGGAAUAUUGAGAGUGUGGACGGGCAAUCUGUGAUGAAGCAUCGUAUGUUGCCCCUGAAAGUUCCCAUGCCUGACCAAACAGAGCUUGAAGAGAGAUUUGCCAUAGUUCUGAACUCUAUGAACCUGCCUCCAGAUAAAGCACGUCUCCUCCGGCAGUACGAUAAUGAGAAGAAGUGGGACCUCAUUUGUGACCAGGAGCGUUUCCAAGUGAAGAAUCCUCCACAUACAUAUAUCCAGAAACUACGUGGAUAUUUAGACCCAAGAGUCACACGUAAGAAAUUCCGUAGGAGGGUGCAGGAAUCCACCAAAGUUCUACGGGAGCUGGAGAUAUCACUGAGAACCAAUCACAUCGGGUGGGUUCGUGAAUUCCUCAAUGAUGAGAACAGAGGGCUGGACAUUCUGGUGGAGUAUCUCUCCUUCGCCCAGUGUGCAGUCAUGUUGGGUUUUGAAGGGCUGGAGAAUGGCGAGGACUGCUCGCUGGACAAGGCUAAAUCCUGGAGCAGGUCCAUUGAGGAUCUGCACCAGAAUGGCUGCAAUACGCUGGUGCGAUCUGUGCCACAAUCUGUCCUCCGUUAUGGCUCAGCUGCCAACAGCAAAACCAUCAAGAACUCCAGAUUAGUGAGUCAAAAGGAUGACGUGCACGUGUGCAUCAUGUGCUUGAGAGCGAUCAUGAACUAUCAGUAUGGCUUCAACCUUGUCAUGUCUCACGCACAUGCAGUCAAUGAGAUUGCCCUGAGUUUGAACAAUAAGAAUUCAAGAACAAAGGCGUUGGUCCUGGAACUGCUGGCUGCUGUGUGUUUGGUGCGAGGAGGCCAUGAAAUCAUCCUCUCAGCAUUUGAUAACUUCAAAGAGGUAUGUAAGGAGAAGCACCGCUUUGAGAAGCUGAUGGAGUACUUUCGAAGUGAAGAUGGAAAUAUCGACUUCAUGGUGGCUUGUAUGCAGUUCAUCAACAUUGUUGUCCAUUCAGUGGAGGACAUGAACUUCCGUGUACAUCUGCAGUAUGAGUUCACUAAACUGGGUCUUGAUGACUUCUUAGAGAAAUCCAAGCACACAGAGAGUGAUAAGCUGUUGGUGCAGAUCCAGGCAUACCUGGAUAAUGUGUUUGAUGUUGGAGGACUGCUGGAGGAUGCUGAAACGAAAAAUGUGGCCCUAGAGAAGGUGGAGGAGCUGGAGGAGCAUUUGUCACACGUGACAGAGAAGCUUCUCGAUGUUGAAAAUGAGACCAUGAUGAAGGUAGCGGACCUUGAGAAGCAACUUUUACACAAAGACAAGGAACUGACAGACAUCAAGGAGACAUAUGAGUCAGCCAGCUCACAGGUGCACACACUGCGGCGGAUGAUCCAGGAGAAAGAUGCUGCUUUCCAGAGGCACAACAACAUUGAGAAGCGUUUGUUAGAGCUGGAGCAGCAGGGCACCAUCCGUUUGCACAAACAGCCUGAUGGGGACAUUGCUAUUGAGACCCUGGGUGGUAGUGGCGGAGGGGUAGUUGGUGUGGCAGCAGUUGGAGCUCUUCUAGCAGACUUGGGUUCACUUACUGCAGGGUUAAUUGGGAGCGAAGUUCUUGGUGUCAGUUCACCUGCUGCUGUUGAAGCUGUUGCACUGCCUCCACCUCCACCUCCACCUGCCCCACCCCUUCCCUCAGAAGUGGAAUCUGUUCCUAUUCCUCCUCCUCCACCUCCUCCUCCUCCUCUCCCUGGACCAUCACCAUCAGUCAUCCUCAGUGUUGGCUUAUCAGCCAUCCGCAUUAAGAAGCCCAUAAAAACCAAGUUCCGUCUUCCUGUCUUCAACUGGUCUGCACUGAAACCAAACCAGAUCAACGGCACCGUCUUCAACGAGAUCGAUGAUGAGCGUGUGCUUGAGGAGUUGGAUCUUGAGAAGUUCGAGGAGCUGUUCAAGACAAAGUCUCAAGGAUCUGUGGUAGAUCUGUUGUGCUCGAAGAAUAAGGUCUCUCAAAAGGCCGUGAACAAAGUGCAGCUGCUGGAUGCCAAUCGCUCAAAGAACUUGGCCAUCACUCUGCGGAAGGCCAACAAGACCACGGAGGAAAUCUGCAAAGCCAUUCAAACGUUUGAUCUGAAGGCUCUGCCGGUGGACUUUGUGGAAUGUCUGAUGCGGUUCCUGCCCACGGAGGCUGAGAGUAAACUACUGCGUCAGUACGAGCGGGAGAGGAGACCUCUGGACCAGCUGGCUGAGGAAGACCGUUUCAUGCUCCUCUAUAGCAAGAUCGAGCGCCUCACUCAGAGAAUGAACAUUAUUACAUUUGUGGGCAACUUCAGUGAUAAUGUCAACAUGAUGACCCCGCAACUCAAUGCCAUUAUUGCAGCAUCAGCUUCAGUGAAGUCCUCACCAAAGUUAAAGAAAAUUCUUGAAAUCAUUCUCGCUCUGGGAAACUACAUGAACAGUAGCAAAAGAGGCUCUGUGUAUGGUUUCAAACUGCAGAGUCUGGAUCUGCUGCUAGAAACGAAGUCUACUGACCGGAAGAUGACACUGCUCCAUUACAUUGCUCUCGUCGUGAAGGAGAAAUAUCCUAAACUGGCUACCUUCUACAAUGAACUGCACUUUGUUGAUAAAGCUGCAGCAGUGUCUUUGGAGAACGUAUUGUUGGAUAUUAAAGAGCUCGGUAAGGGUAUGGAUCUUGUCAGAAGAGAGUGUAGUUUGCACGACCACGCCAUACUCAAAGGCUUCCUGCAGACCAGCGAUACACAACUCGACAAAUUGCAGAAAGAUGCCAAGACCGCUGAGGAGGCCUUCAACAAUGUGGUGCUGUACUUUGGCGAGAGUCCUAAGACUACGCCACCCUCUGUGUUCUUUCCAGUGUUUGUGCGCUUCAUCAAAGCCUACAAGGAGGCCGUGGAGGAAAACGAACAGAAGAAGAAGCAGGAGGAAGCCAUGAGAGAAAAACUACUAGCACAGGAGGCCAAACAGCAGGACCCCAAGGUCCAAGCUCAGAAGAAGAGGCAGCAGCAGCAUGAACUGAUUGCAGAACUCCGCCGCAGACAGGCCAAAGACCACCGGCCUGUAUAUGAGGGCAAAGAUGGCACCAUUGAAGACAUUAUCACAGUGUUGAAGAGUGUGCCCUUCACAGCCCGCACAGCCAAACGGGGCUCACGUUUCUUCUGUGAUAUCAACCUCUUCGACGAGUCCAUCUGCUAGCCCCCCCCAAACCCCCCCAAAACUACCCCUAAUGCCGCAGAUCUCCGAAGCCAGCCCUUCCUGCGAGCUGACGCAGUGAUCCGGAAUGGGUGGAAGUGACCCUAAAGACCCCUCACGCACUCACUCUCUGCUACCCUCCCCCUGCUUUCUUCUGAAAUGACUCCUUCCUACAAUUCACAGUGACUGAGGGAAGUGCAGGACCAAACCAAUGUCUUUCAUUUUAAGGGAUGGGGAAAUUAUUUAUUGGAAAUCCUUUUUGGAUUCUGCACUGGAGACUAUCAACAAAGCCAUAAAAGCAGACUUUAGAACUACCACCCAGUCCUCAUGAAUGCAUGAGGAGCAUCACUAGAAGCUUGUGUUGUAAAAGUGGUUCCCUGUGCAAAGUUGUGGAUUGAGAAGCAAAGCAAAGAGAGAACAGGCAGCAGUGAGACUGUUCUUUCCUAAAGGAUUUAUGUCCUAUUAAUGUGGAUUUCCUUAUAUUGUGCAAUCGAAGCUCGACUUUCUGACAGUGGGAUCGAGCAGUGAGGUCAGACUGAUGUUAACUUCCUGUACAGUGCUUUAUAAACUAUGAACUCAAAAUACUUGUUAAAGGGAUAAUUCUCCAAAAUAUGAAAUUCUGUCAUCGUUUACUCACCUUCAUGUGUUCCAAACCCAUAUGUUUGUAUAUCAACAUGAGGGUGGUGAUACAUUUUUAUUAAACUUUUAUUCAUUUCAGCUACAGUACUAGGAGCUGGUUAGUCUGUCUCCAGUAUUUUAAUCUAGACCAGUACUGUGGUUACAAGAAAGAAGUGCCUUUCUGUUGAGUCAGUAUUAUUUCUUAUAGCUAAUAUUGAUGUAUCUAAAUUUAUAUCUUUUUGUUAAUCCUAAUGUUGAAAAAUGUUUCAUACUUAAUGUAAAUACAAUAAGUAAUUGUCCAAGAAAUGCAUCGCAGCUUUAACAAAAUGGCCUGAAUAAGUGCCAUUUUACUGAUCAUGUGCCUUGUAUUAAUGGUGCCUCUGUCCUCACCUGGACCUUUAUAUGGACCGGGCUUGUUCAAACUGUUAGCAUUUGACAUAUGCAGGAUUGGGAGAGUUACUUUUUAAAUGUAUUCCACUACAGAUUACAUGCUGUAAAAUGUCAUUUGUAACGUAUUCCGUUAGAUUACUCAAAGUAACUAACAUAUUUUAAAUACUUUGGAUUACUUCUUCAGCACUGGAAGAUUUUUUUUUAAACUUUUUUUGUCUAUAAAAACUCUGCCAGUACAGAAAGACAUGUUAAAUACACGUUAAAAAUAUAUUCUCUGAAAAAAACGAAAUAUCUUAUGCAGUGUUGUUUCUAAAACAAGAUCAAUCAAACUGAUCUUGUUUUAAGUAUUGUUUUACAGGAAAACAAAACUAAAAAUAUUAUCAAGAAUAAGAUUUUUGCACUAAUAUCAAAGGUCUUACUAGAAAAAAGAAAUUAUGAUCUAACGUAAAUUUUCUUGAUAAAAAAAUGUGAUCGUGUCUGGUAACAUGUGCAUGUAAAAUGGCUAGAAAUAGCAUUUUAUCUUAGCGUAUAAAGCUGAGAAUUUACACAAGGUAUAUUUCUAUUUCUUCUGCUCCAAACUUACUUCAAACUUCUCUGUCUGUAUCACAUCAUAAGAAAGGGUUUCACUGCUGUUCAAAUGCACUUUGGAUCGCAUCAUUUAUAUGAAUAAAUGUUUUCCAUCUGAAAGGACUAAAUAUUAAAUGAAACAAAUGACAAUAAAAUGCAAAGUAAUCUCUUCAGUAAUCAAAAUACUUUUGAAUGUAACUAUUAUAAUUACCAAUUAUUUAAAUUGUAAAUGUAGUGGAACACAGUUACUCACAUAUUUGUAUUUUAAAUAUGUAAUCCCAUUACAUGUAUUCCAUUACUCCCCAACCCUGUGCAUAUGUACCUGAGUGAAGUGUAGAUAAUGUAGUUCAUGCCAUACCAUGAAACUUUUCCUAGAACGUUCUUUCCGUUCUCUAACCCUGCAAACUAAAUACACCGAUUUAUUAUGCAUAUGAAUGCAUUUGACUUAGUUUUGAUAAUAAUUUAAAAUGGGAUAUUGGACCAAUCCAAAAUUGUAAUGACGGCAGAAUAUAAUCGCUUGGGUGUGCAAGUUCACCAAAUUACAAUUUCCCGAAACAGUAAUGAAAUUAAGUACAACCAUUAUUUGUAGGAAAGACUCGGUUAUGUUUAGACCAACAAGAUCUGUUCUUUAUAUUUUUAAAUGUUUUAUAAGAUCAGAGAGGAAUUUAAUUGUUGAAAAAAUAGCCUAUAAUGAAACAAUAUAAUGUGAUUCCUUUUGCACUAGUAUUAAAUACAAAGCAAUUGCAUUUGAUUGUCUUACGUGGCCGUUUAUGAAAGGAUCACAUUACAGUACGACACCGCAUAUUAACUAAAACUCAAAAAAGAAGUGAACAAAUACAACACUAAUGUUAAAUUCUCAAUUGUGUAACAGUAUCUUAUUUCACCAAUGGCUUCAUAGACACUGAACAUUCACUGAACUGAAUUUCAUAUUGUUGGCACACAGAAUAAACUAAAUCAAGCCAUUUGGGAGGAAAAGCACAAAUAAAAGGUGAAUGUACCAAAAUGUGGAUGUUAUUUAGUUGAUAUGGACCAAAAAAUGCAGUGGUUACCUGGAUAUUCAAAAAGUGUGGACCUGUCAUAAUUUUCAAUAAACAUAUUUGAGACUCACCUUUGUCUUCAUCACAAUAUUCAAAGACAUUAGCACAUUUUAGUUUAAAUACUGUCAGUUUCACUUCUGUAUAUUAUAUGAAUAGCCACAUUAUUAUGUAUCUUGUUUAUAAUAAAUACAGUACAAGCUAAAUAUAUAUAUAUAUAUUUUUUUACUUUGGCCUGAACUAAGACAAAAUGUUUUUCUUCUUCUUAAAACAAGUGUGACUUUUUAGAAACAAAAACUAACCACUUGUACCAUUUGCCAAGCUACAGCAGAGCACCAACCCAGAAACCACUUAUUUUUCUGUACACAUUUUUAUUUCUCAAUAUAUCGUUGUUUUGUAACUGAUGGAAGAUCUCCAGGUCCAGUUCUCUCUCAUAAAGAAGGGCUGAGCCACCAUGCAUUUCUACUAUAAAAAGCAGUUUAAUCAUCUUGUAUAUAAAAAAAAAUCAUGAAACAAUACGAACCAACAAAACUACAGAAAUAGUUGUAAUGUUGUGUGAAACUACUCGUCUGUGGGCACUAUGGGCCAAGCUAAAUUACAUUUGAUCGUAAACAGAGCAGUACCUUUAUGUUAAGUCCAGACGAUCGGGUGAAUAUUGUUAACAUGUAUCUGUUGAGCUGCAAAGAGUCUUUUUGGCGUUGUUGGAUCCAUGCAUUAGCCUAAGAAUAACCUCCGUUAGAAAAAAUGGAGGCUCAGCACCAUCAGGGCUGGCUGAGUCUCUCUACAGGUCAGGCAGAUGAGAAUGGAAUAAAAUAGCAGCAAGGCAGUGAGUUAAAACUGGAUCCACAUGAACCUCACAGGAAUGCACUUACAUUAGGCAUAAAAUCCAUAAGACAUAAAACUAUUCAAACUAAACGUGACACAGUUCCCACUGAAGUGAUAUGGAACAGUUCUCUUGAAGCCUCACAGUCUGAGAGCAGACGCAAGCUCUGGGUUUGUCUUUUUGUUCCUGGCCCACUGGAAGACAAGCGCCUCGCUCCUUUGGAUGUACUGAUCGCUGACACGUGAUUGCUUACACACACACACACACCAAGGCCACUGAUACACACCCUGGAAACAGUUUUGGAAUGUUCUCUCACAUUGACCGCCUUUGUUUCAAUUCAUUCACUCAUUCGUAAAAUCCAUUAUGACAUCAGAGUGCCGCGUUUUGCAUCUUUUCAUCCGGUUAAAAAAACAACAUCAACAAAAAAAAAAAAAACAAGCUAAAACAAA